AUGAGAAAAGUGAAGAUUGAGUGCUUGUUCUUGGCAUUGGCAUUAGUCGUUUCAGUCUUGCAGCUUCACAGUCACCGAGCUGCUGCUGCUGCUGCUGCUGCAGCGGAGUUAUCGUCGUCGUAUGAUGAUCCGGAGAAGUCGAUGCUUUGCAAAGGAGAUCUGAAAAACCUUGCGUCCAGUUGCAAGAAGUGCAUAAAGAAGGGCACGGAUCAGCAUGUCGAUCCUGCAGCCCCUUGCUGCCGCACCAUUCAGACGAUAGAUAUGCUGUGCAUCUGCCAAAGUAUCCCCCCGCGCUUCGAGAAGAAGAUCGAUAUGGCGAAGCUCGCGUACGUCGCGGCGAAGUGCGCAAAGCCUAUUCGAAGCAAAACCAAAUGCGGAAGUUAUACGGUUCCCAUGAUUUGA